AUGUCACAGUGGAACAAUCAGCAUAAUUACUCUAUCAAGAGUGUUUAUCUGAAACUCAUGGAAGGCAAGCCUAAUGUCCAGUGGGCAAAAGCAAUAUGGAACAGAAUGAGCUUGCCAAAACAUAAAUUCAUAGCUUGGAUAGGCAUCCAAGCAAGAUUAAAAACAAAAGACAAGUUGUAUCAAUUCAAUAUCAAUCCAGAUGAUAGAUGCUGCUUAUGUGGAGCUGAAACAGAAAGUCAUGCACAUUUGUUUUUCAACUGUGUGUAUAGCAAGGAAUUGAUUAAGAAGCUUCUAAUCUGGGUGGAUGUUAACUAUGCUACUAGAUCCAUACAACAGUGGUUUAGAUGGAUUAGAAGCAGUUAUAGUGGUUCCAAGCUGAGGAAGAGUAUUAUGUGCACUGUGAUCGCUGCUGCAAUCUAUCAGAUUUGGAGGAAUAGGAAUACUGCCUAUUGGUUGUCUAAAGUGUACAACGUAGAUUACGUUCUUAAAGAUACAAAAUAUAUAGUGAAGAAUAGAAUCAAUAUGUGUAAUAAUGCAAAGUGGAGCAGUGUAGACAUUAGAUGGGUGGAUGCUUUGUAA